CAGAGCGAUUUCAGAAAAGAAAACGGAUAGAAAUCCAUGUUGGUGUUGCUAUCAUGACCUAUUUAACGUGAACUCUUUUGAAAUUAAUGUUUUAUUUAAUAAUUGGAAGAUAGUCCAUUUGCGGGGCACACAUAAAAGUAAGUCUAGUGUGUGUCCAGGAGAACAAAGGACGCAAUGUUUGAGGGUGACUCUCAGGUCACAGUUGCUGUAAAUGACGCUGGUGAUCAGAUACAGCAGAUACAAUAUGUCACAGCUGAUGGUCGCAUCGUCUCUGCAGACCAGAUAGUUACUGGAGCAGGCACAAAUGUUAUACAAGUGAGCGAGGCCCAGCAAGCAGUUCCUCAGAUGCUGGUCCAGACUUCACAGGCCGUCGCCCAACCUCAACCAGUUACAGUAGGCACCCCAGUUGGUGGUGUAGGCACACACAACGCCCUUGGUAUUCCACAGAUGUUGUUCCUGAAUCAGAUCACAGUGAAUGGACAGACGUCUUUUGUCCUUGUGGACUCGAACAACAAACCUGUACAGCUGCCUCAGGGUAUUCAAGUCAUAAACCUACCAUCCCAGCAACCUGGUCAACAGAUCGCCAUGCCGGGAGAAACUGGUGAGGAGCCAUUGUACGUUAACGCCAAACAGUACCACCGAAUCCUGAAACGACGUCAAGCGCGAGCAAAACUUGAAGCCAUGGGUCGAAUUCCUAAAGAAAGACAGCGAUAUCUGUAUGAAUCUCGACACCAGCACGCGCUGAAAAGACAACGUGGCUCUGGAGGAAUUUUUGUGAACAACCCCAACGGCACGGAAGAGCACGGGGAGCUUAAAUCGGAGAACGGCCAUUUCUCCCUCGAUAAUGACAUGCAUCUCCCGGUUGUGAAUCAAGGACAAGAUAUUCUCAAGUUCGAUACUUAGCAGCAGUUAUGUGUGUGUUUAUUCGUUACAUGUGUUAUAUGUGUAAAAGUAGUGCCAGUGGAUGGGUGUUUCCUGUAAAUGCCAGCUAGGAUCUGAUGUUGGCAUAAGCUGAUUAAGGUGGAAUUUCGUGAAACUCUUCAUUGAACUGUUUGUUAGAUGUGAAUAUAUGAUGUCUGUUUCAUUGUAAUAUCAUCUUCAUGUGUACAUUUAUCUAUUCUCUUUGUUGGAGUGGCAGAGAUCUACGUUACUUGUAUUGUUGUGCAUGUGUUUAUGAUACCGUCCGACAUUCAAUAUUUGCAUGUAAUCAAAGUCCUGGAUUUCAGAGUUAUUAUUGACCUUACUCAAUUCUAAAUAAAAAAAAAUCCCUACUAGCCGACCCAUUGCCAAAAGUCUAAGUCAAGCCCCUUCAAACAAACAAACUUUAAGGAUGACCUUGAUCCUAUAUAGGAAGUGGCUUGCCUAAAGUUGGUGGGUUUUUUCGAACUUUUCUUACCUGAAUAUUUUCAUUUGAAUAGCCAGAGAGUAUCCCAAAACGAUGGGUGAAAAGGCCUCCUUAAUAACUUCCAUCAACUUUCCCUAGGUGGCUCUGCCCAUUUAUCCAGCUGGGUGGCCUGUGGUCCCCAGACCCCCGGCUCAGUUUUCAUGAUUAAGGAUUUUGCUCUGUUGAUACCCCUGAACUGUAUAUACAUAUAGUAUAUUUUUUAUUAAACACAAUUGAUAAUGAUUAUUUCUAUGUACAUAAAAGACAUCUUAUUGGUGUUUUAAUUCACUUGACAUGAGGCCAUACCAAAAUUGUUUUUGUUUAUGUACGAAAACCAAUCUAGCCAUCAUAAGAAUAAAAACCCCUCCAC